CUCGAGGCCCUGUACAACCUGACCACGUACUGCCCGGACUGGGCCAAGCGCCUCGACGAGCUCAGCGGCCAGAUUGACCAGCGCCAGAUCGACCUGGCCGAGUUUGCCGAGCAGCAGUCCCCAACCUCGUGCAGGAGGUCCCUGCGGAACCGCGGCUCGACAGAGAGCCUGAAGCCCAGAGACGAUGGCGAGGCCCACCCCGGCAUCGUCGAUGGCGUCGCCAGCCCGGGUGCCACCGGCGCGGUCCAUAAAAUGCAGACGACAGACGGGCCAGCACCACAGCAGCAGCAGCAGCAGCAGCAGCAUCCACGAGAACCGUUGAGCCCGAACGAGGCCAACUCCCCCACCUCGUCGGCUGUCGAGCGCCAGACACCCCAGGUCAUGGCCAUGGCCUCUGCCAAUGCACGCGCUACGCUGCGGCGCACACAGCUAAACAAAAGGGCUGCCGCGGCGGUUGUCUCGGCCGAGUCGAUGCUGACGGGUGACGGAGCUGCAGCGCCCAAGUACCGAAGCAGGAACCUAGUGAUUGUCUACUACGAUAGCUACGUGCAGUCCUUCUUCGAGGAGGUGGUCAAGUUUGUGAGCGCCAGCCGCAACCUGAUGCGCAAGGCCAAGAUGGCCGCCAAGGUCGCCCAGAUCAGAAGGAUGGCCGAGCUGGAGACCCCCGACGACGAGUCGUCCGAUUCAGACGAUGGCCCAGGCUUUGGCUUCGCACCAGCACCAGCACCAGCAGCAACAGCAGUCACGGGUCCCGUGCAAUUAUCAUACAAACAAACAGUAGGCAUAGGCAACGGCAACGGCAACGGUCUGCCCAGACAGGGACUAUCGAGUCCCUUUCGACCGUAUUUGGCAGCCCGGUCGCCUUCAAACCCUGCUCGUGGCAAGAAUGGCCAUGCCGACCAGCAACAACCAGGCGACAUCUUCGAUGACCUUGACAAGGGCCUCGAGGUCGUGCAGUCCAUGUGUGAGCGCGCAGCACAUCAGUUCUUGCGCGACGGUGACUGCGCCGACGAGAUCAUUAAGAUCAAGGAGCGGCUGACGCACACCAAGACCCUGGCCGACAAGGAGAUGCAGCGCAUGCUGGCUGGCGACACAGACGGGAGUCUGAAGAAGCUGCUGACUGAGGGGCUUGUGGGAAACCGGACGUUUCGCUCGCACGGUGUGCGGCGGGAUACGAUGAGGUUGCGGCCCAGCUUCGCGGGCAGAAGUACGGCUGCGGCCAACGGGAUGAAUGGUGCAGCCGGACCGAGUUUGACCCCAAGCAAUACAGGUAUGGUGGCGCUCGAAGUCGACGAGGGCAUUCGCGCCAGCAAUACGAACGGGGGAGCAGCACCGAGACUCCAGCCCGCAUCGAUACCGACAACGAUGGGCCCACCGCUCGGGUCGGGCCCCUGA